AUGAUUCUCUUUCGCUGUGCACCCUCACUAUCUCAUGGAUAUGCAAGGACAUUCUUUACAUUACCUUCCUUGAAUUCAACACUUCAAACGUUUCAUGAAAGUAAAGUGUUUCACUAUAAGAAAAAAGAGCUUUUUGAUAUUGUCUCAAAUGUGUCAACUUACUCUCGAUUCGUUCCCUUCUGCACCGGGUCGCGCAUACUUAAUGCAUCCACGCGAAACGAGAUGGAGCCCUUCACGAUGGAUGCGGAGCUGACGGUUGGGUUUCUUUCUUUCAACGAGAGCUACAUUAGCAAGGUGACUUGUGUUCCACACAGCUCAGUGGAGGCGGUCGCAUCUUCCUCAACACCCUUGUUCAAAACUUUGUCGACCAUUUGGCGGUUUGAGCCUUGUCCCAAAGGAAGCGGUGAAAAUGAUUGUCUCAACAGUACUCUAGUUACAUUGGACCUUUCGUUUGCUUUUGCAAGCCCAGUUCAUGCUGCAGUUUCUUCAGCAUUUUUCGGACAGGUGUCAAAGCAGAUGGUGCAAGCAUUUGAAGAUAGAUGUUCGAAAGUGUAUCAGAGUAAAGACAGUCAUCAUACAAUAGUCCUUCCAUAA